AUGCCAAAGACUAGCGUCUACACCACAGGUCGGGCCAGACGACUUUUGGUUGAUGCACUGGAUGGUUGUCCGGCCAGUUUUCCGUGGCUCUGCAAGGGCCAUCCUAUGGAUGGCACUCUCAAAACCUUGAAUCGAACGUUUCUGGAUAAAGAGGAUGCACAAGAGACCCCGCUGGUCGGAUGUCGCAUUCACUCCGCUGCGACACCCGCAGUAAGGGGGGCCCCUUGCCGCGGGUGUCGCAGCAGACUGCGCGCGACAUCCGAUCGCCAGCUGUGA